AAAUGUUUCAUGUGCUCUGAAGACCUGAAGUCAAAGCUACCCAACUAGAUUGUAAGGAAUGAGAUUACUUCCCAGGGGCUGAUGGAGAGUACUGAGCACCCUCUGCUGCAGUCACUAAAAUUAGGCUCAGCAGCAGUAUCUGACCUCGCCAAUACCAGGCAGAACAGUGCUGUGCCCUCCCAGCCAGAGGGAGGUUGCCUCUUGCUGCCAGAACCUCAGAUAACGUUGGAGAGCACUGCAGGAUUCACCCCAGGCUUCCCUCUGCAAAAGCAGCAGAUUGAGAUACAAGGUCUGGAGAAGACAGCACAACCUCUCUGUUGUGAAAGGUCAGCUCUACCUUUCCUCCUGGGUCUGGCCAAGAUCAUUCUCCACAGCUGGGUCAGUUGUACUUUACUUGGCUGCCCAUGCACAGGUCUCUGGGGACAGAUGGAGGCUGUGGGUUACUGGCUAUGCAGGAUCUGGCUGCUUUUCUUGCUGUUCUGGCUGGGACAAGGGAGACAGGUGGCUCCCCCAGGUUUUGUAGAGAGCAGUUGCCGCUCCAGGAUUUUUUGGAUGAAACUGAAUAAACUCUUGCUCCAGGGGAAGUUCUUCCAGCUGGAAAUCAAUGAUCCUUACGCUGGCCCCGUUCUGCUGGAUGAGAAACUUGCAUCUCGCUGUGGCUACGUCCUGUCAGAAGACGUGUGGGGCAACCCUGUCUUCCGAGCAUCAGUGCUUGGCUGCCACGUGGCCAACGAGGCAGAUGAGCUGUUUUCACUGACUGUGAACAUCAAGGUCUCUUCGUUUUCAAGCAUGAGGGCAGCUGUCACCUACACCUACCCUAUGUACUGCUCCUACCCUUCGUGGGCUUCAAGAGAAAUCGUAUGUGAAGAAAACUACAUGGAGGUGUCAGUGAAGACAGAUGUCCCUGCAGUUUCAAAUGACUACACCGUGGCCUGGCUGUCUGCCCUGCCAGAGACUCAGAACAUCGCAUACCAGCAGUGGCAGCUGAUGUUUGUUUCUCCCUCAGGGAGAAAGAGAAUAACAGUAAGUGAUGCAACAAAACUGGGCUACAGCUUCAAUAACAGCCUGUCCCGGGUGUACCUCCGCGCGCCCUACCACAGCAACGAGUCUGCCCUCAGCGUGGUCAGUGGUGUAAAUAUGAACAUGGUGACUUCCACUUCCAUGUACAGGCAGCGGUGGCUGCUUCUGCUGAUUGACACAACUGUCUCCUGUCCUGUUGAUGGCAUCAGUUUCACUGACACUACACUAACAUGGACUGUGCCAAGAGCUAUCCCCACACUAGUGGUCCAAGAAUCCACCUUUAUGUCUAAAAACAUUUUAAUGGGAGUUGAUGGUCGAGUCAUAGCAAAACCGGAGGAGAAGAACUACUUACUGGAGCACAACGAGACACACAUCGGAAUAACUAUCCCCAUUGGAGCAGAAGGAGGCAAGUUAAGGAGCUCCAUAUCUGGUGGUGUUUAUGGAGUAAUUUACAGUAUUGACUUGUUCUUGGAGCACACGUGGACAGAUGCAGAUUGGCAAACCACGAAGUAUACUGUCAUCAGAUCCAUAACCACACCUUUCAUGCCACAAAUACCAACUGUUAUCAACAAUACUCUGCCAGAGGAAAGGCUAUUUAAUGUUGCCUUUGGACACUUUCUCCCCGAUGUCUCUCUGGUGGCAAUCACUAUAGGAAAUGUGCCAUUUACCCUGAGGGAAGCCCAGCACCACAGGUUGAAGAUUUACGAAACUCCCUUUUCUAACAGAACGAAAGGAUUUAUCCUGGAAGUCUCUUUUGAUCACCCCUAUGUUCUAAAGGAGUAUGUGAAUAGAAAUGAAACAAUAUACACCCUCCUCAUUAACUACACGAUGAGUGUGGGCCCGGAGAUGACACCCUAUUAUCAUCUGGCACAGGUGGAGUGUGUGGUUGCUGAUAUUGAACUACCAGAAGCAGCUGGUUACUGUGAUGAGGAAAACCUGUAUCUAGCCAUCCCUACUUUUGGCUUGCACCAGUAUUGGAAUCUCUAUCUUGGUAACAAGCUCCUGAACCGGCACAUUGCCCUUACCAAUGGGUAUCUUGCAGCUACCAACUCUACACACCUGAUCUUGCAAAUACCUCUGUUUGCUGUGGGAAUUAUCUAUGAGGAAGUGUCCUUUCAGAAAAUUAAAGCAAGGUUUGAUGUUGCCCUAAGGAAAGUGAGAACUAUGGAGACCUUACAGAUGUUCUCCGUUAGCUGCAGUUUUAAUCCUUCAUCAUUUAUAAUAUGCCACCCAGAUGGUACCAUAAUGGUAUCUGCCCAAAUGAAGACAGUUCCUGCCAUUGAUAUGAGUAAAACCAAACUAAGGGAUAGCUCUUGCAAGCCUAGAGACUAUAAUGAAGAACACGCCUUCUUCAAGUUCCAUGUCACCACCUGUGGCACUUCAGUAAGGUUGGAAGGUGAUCACAUUCUUUACGAAAACGAAAUUUCUUAUGAGAAAGAGACUCUUCCAGGACAGAGCACACCAACAAUCACAAGAGAUCCAGACUACAGACUAACAGUCUUGUGCUACUAUCGAGCCAAAGAGACCCUGGUCCUUGGUGCCUUUGCUAGUGAUCCAUCCACCUCACCUCCCUUUGGCUCUGGCACCAUGGUACCAAGAUCCAACCUUGCAGUAAACAGAAGGGCAAGACAAACCCUGACUGCAGUUUCAAGAGUGUCCAAAGAUGAAACUUUCAUGGAAUUCUACAAGCCCAACAUGGCAAUACUCAAGAGACCUGUGGAGCCUGUGUUUCUCGAGGUGGAGCUGAAAGAUGAAAGCCCCAGCACUGAGUUAUACCUGGAAAACUGCUGGGUAACCAGGUCUCUAGACUUCAACAGCACUCCAAGAUGGAACAUCACUGUGGAUGGGUGUGAGAUUAAUGGCAGCGAGUAUGUUGCAGAAUUCUCUCCAGUAGCUGUUAGCCCCAGGGUGAGACACCCUUCUCAUUUUAAAAGGUUGGCAGUGAGGAGCCUGGCACAGCCACUGGAACAGCUUUUCCAGGUCACUCUUCAGCCAGUCUCCAGGGCUACGUCCGUGCUGGACCAAUCUGGAUUGCUGAUCCAGAUGGAAGAUGACGCAUGUAAACUGGAUCUGGUUUUCAACUGGACUGCCCCCCGUCUGAAAGCAAACGGCUCCAAAAUUUUAGAAAACAAAACAGCACGGCACAAGUCACUGCCGCAUGCCAAAUUGUUCUGAAGGGCUCACGUCCUCCAAACUGCUACAGCUUACCCUGUAACUUCAUCUGCUAUUGGAGAACCAGAUCUCCAGCCUCCCUCCUCACUUCACUGUUUGUGUGUCUCCAACAGCACCUAAAGGCUCUGCUGUGCUGGCUGCUUUCUAAAUAGUGCAGCUAGACACAGGAGCUACCUCUUUCAGUGACCACCACAACUAUCUCGCCUGAAAAGACCAGACAGGCCUCAGGACAGCACCACACCACCAGAGAGUGCUAAUCCUGCUCACAGGACUAGUAAAUCUAGUCACCUGUAACCUCUCUCUGAAGUGGCUAAAAAAGAAAACAGAAAACAACCCAAGACUGCAAAGUAACACUUCUUGUCUCUUCCAGCUGUUGAAACAUGGACUUACAGAUCACUAAAACUAUUCCAGCCCUGAUUAUGGCUGCUUCUUGUAAUACUUCAUAAAGUGGCUGCUAAUCCUCCCAUGUGAAUGUAAAGUGUAAACCUGAAAAGUCAAAUAAAAAUACAAAGUAAUGUCA